AGGUUGAUGGAUGUCGCACCAAGAGACCUCAGCCAGAUCGCCAACGCCAUGGCCACCAUCGGCCAAACGGAGGAGCGCUUCUUCGCCUCCUUGGCUCGCGCGUCCGUGGCGCGCUGCGAACGCUUUGCGGUGGAGGAGAUGCUACUCUUGUGUUCGGCCUUCGACAAGGCUGGCUUGGUGCAUGUCCCCUUGCUGGAAGCAUCUGCAAAGCUGCUUAGACAUCAGGUCUCGCAGGUCCCUGGUGCUGACCUUGCCAAAGGUUUGAAGAGUUUGGCCACCUGCUGUGUGAGAGAUUUGGACCUCGGCAAGGCUGUGGGUGAAUACCUGGCGGAAGGCCCCAAGGGUGGCCUGACAUCAGAGGAAUUCUGUUCACUUGCCUGGACGUUUGUAACCUUGGGCUUCUACCAUGAUCAGAUGUUUCGGGCUGUUUUCAAGGCGCUAGAGGACGCUCCGAGCAUGCCGGGCGACACGCUGUGUCAGCUCUACGAGAUCCACCUGGCCUUGAAGGCCUUCAGGGACGACUACGGCAAAUACGAGCUGGAGGAUGCAGCAGUGCAGAGCUUGAAGGCUCACUAUCGAAAACAGCGCGGUGGCAAGUUGAGAGACGUGAAGCUGGACCGCUCAGUGGAAAAGGUUUGCAAGGACAUUGCUGAUUCUCUGCAGAAAGUGGUGAGCGGCUCUGUUUCGCGCCAGCAUCAAACUGAGCUUGGUAUGGCCGUUGAUAUCGCGGUCAACAAGAAGGGCAACAAACCCAUCGUGUUUAUUGAGGUAGAUGGCUCUCACUCUUUAAUGAGAACGUUGGAUCUCAAUGGAGCCUCCCAGAUUUCAAGGGUGAGAGGAGCUGUCCUUCUGAAGCGCUACCUGCUCCAAAAGCAUGGCUUUCGAAUAGCUGCCGGGCAUCUCAAUGGUGAUACUCCGCAAGUUUCGUUGGGAUAUUAGACCCAUCAAUGGUGGGCUAUCCCAUUUAUCCCACAUGGCUAUGAAUCAAUACCUAUAUUAAUACCAUUUUUAGAGGGAUGAACAUCCAUUUACCAGCUAUUUUGAUGUGAACUACAGGGGUACUAUUGGUUUUGACACACUGCCACAUGAAUCCACGACUUUCAUAUCCCUAUCAUAUCCCAAGGCAUCCAGGUCUCCAAUGACCUGUCCGACCUGUCCGGACAGGUGGUCCCUGAAGACUUUUGGCGAAGUCUCCCAGACAGCCGAGAGAAGAGGGACUUCCUCCGAGAGCUACUACGAAGUGCCGGUGUGCCUUCAAAGCUGUUGUGAGGAAAAGAGCGGUUGAGCCAUGGGCGAG